GGCGGGCUCUGUUUGAGGCCCGCCCGGCAUGCGAGGAGCGGGAUGGCCGAAGCCGGGGACUACGUCGCCGUGGUCUCUCCGUCGACGCCCCCCGGCCCGGGCAGGCCUCGCGGCGGGGAGCUGGGCGGCGGCACCCAGGCCUCGCAGCGCCUGCUGGCCUAUAGCGACGCCCUGCUCUCCAUCAUCGCCACCGUCAUGAUUUUGCCCGUGGCCCAUACAAAGAUACACCCAGAUCAGAAACUGGGUGAAAGUGUUCAGCAGCUCCUAGCCACCAAAAUUGCCGUUUACCUGAUGACUUUUUUAAUAGUGACAGUUGCUUGGGCAGCUCAUGUCAGACUUUUUCAAGUGAUCGAACUCAUAGAUGAUGUGCUUGCCCUUCUAAAUUUGGCAUGUAUGAUGCUCAUUACUUUUUUGCCAUACACAUUCUCCUUGAUGGCCUCAUUUCCAGAUGUACCAUUUGGCAUUUUCAUGUUUAGUAGCUGCAGUGUUGUAAUCGGCACUAUCCAGGCAAUCAUCGUAGUGUAUGGCUUCCACCAUCCGUAUUUACUCAGCCAUCAAAUACAGGCGUCUGAAAACCAGGCAUUUUACAAAAAUCAUAUCCUGAAGAUUAUACUAAGAGGGCCGACGCUUAGCUUUUUUGCUGCCAUCGUCUCCUUUUUCUUCAUCCCAUUGGCUUACGUGUUUCUUGGGCUCGUUAUUUUUUUCCCACACGUCAGCCACCUAACCAAAUGGUUUAAAAGCAAGGUCCUUGGUCAAGAAGACGAAGUCCCUCUGGAAUCCUUUACUUCUUACCUUACAGAACCCCUUAGUAAGGAACGAGUGGAAGCAUUUAGUGAUGGAGUUUAUGCAAUCGUAGCAACCCUCUUGAUUCUGGAUAUAUGCGAAGAUAACGUUCCUGACGCUAAAGAGAUGCGAGAGAAAUACCGCGGGAAUCUCAUCAAUGCCUUGAGUGAAUACGGUCCGAAUUUCCUUGCCUACUUUGGGUCUUUUGUUACUAUCGGCCUUCUCUGGUUUGUCCACCAUUCGCUCUUCCUUCACGUGACAAAAGCGACGCGCCUGAUGGGCCUCUUCAACACCCUCUCGCUGGCUUUCAUCGGAGGUCUGCCUCUGGCCUACCAGCUGACCAGCGAGUUUGCAGAAAAGUCUCACAAUGAAAUAGAAGCCAUCCAGGUGAGCUGCGUCACCAUUUUCUUCGCCAGCAUCUUUCAGUUUGGCAUCUGGACCGCGGCCCUCUUCCACGAAAGGGAAACACUGCAUCCUUUUGCACGAUACGGGGGCAAAGAGCACGCCUUCAUGUUUGCCAAGCUGGCUCUCUACCCCUGCGCGAGCCUCGCAGCCUUCUUCCUGACCUGCGCUGUAAGCGAGCUGAGUACAGAAAUCUUCCACCUCAUGCAGAUCGUCGUCCCCUUUGCCUUCCUCGUCUUGCGCAUCUCUGUCAGGGUUGGUUUGGUGGCGUUGAAGUUCCUGGUGUCUCUGUUCAGGCCACGGAAAGAUGUAUCAGAAGAAGAGGAAGCGUGUUUGUCUCCUUCCGAGACCUUGUCAUAGCUUUACCGCUGCUUUCCUUGGAAUUCCUGUGGAAUUGCUUCUACUUGAACGUGUCCAAGCCACAACUGGGUAUAUUCAACAUUUUACCAGUUUAGAUGUUUUGCUUCAUGGAACAUAAAACGCUUUGAGUAGAGAGAUUUCAGGUGCAAACCCAGAAAUGGAGUUGUGCAAAGUCCACUGGCCAUAUUUUUGGCUGCAGGUUGGAUGUUUUUGUCAGUGAUUAGGGCUGUGAUGAUGCAUCUAACCACCAAUGUAGUCAGUUUUUUGCAUAAUAAUAAAAAUAAUAAUAAUUUAUUAUUUAUACGCCGCCCAUUUGGCUUGGUUUCCCCCAGCAUAGUGACAGAGCACAGAAAGAUUAAGGGAGAAUUAUAGCAUUGGGUCUGUUUUUGAGGCGUUGAAUAAGGAGACGGGACUGUGGCUUGGUGUUAAAUCACAUGCUUUGCAUGCAAAAUGUCCCAGAUUCAAUUCAUAGGAUUGCCAGGUAGAGCUGGGAGAGUCCAUCUGAAACCGGAGAGCUGUUUUCAGUCACUGUUAAUAAUACGAGUGAGAUCAACCCAUGGUCUUGGAAUAAGGUAGCUUUCCCUAGUUCCUAAAGUCAAGUUUCAGUUGUCAUAAUUAGUAAAAGUAGUAAGAUUCAUAUUCAUGUCAUGUUCAUGUUAUCAGGGGGCAUUAUUUGAAUGUUAAGUUGUUACAUAUCAUAGGGUACGGCUGUUGUAGUAAAUCAACAUCUGCUUCCUGGAAUACAUACAGGAUGUAUUUGGCCUGGAAUACGAGUGAAAAUUAUUAUGUAGAGUGUCAGGCAACUGCCUGUGAAUCUCCAAAACAAAUGGCUUUCAUGGACAAUUGACAAGGUGGUUCAUCUCUGGUAGAAAAAUCUAAAGACCUCCGAUUUCUCAGGGAUCUGGAGUCUAGAAAUGUGAAAAUUGUACCAGGGUUCAUCCUGGUUUCUGCAGAAAGUUGAGGGUAGCACCUACGGAUAUUAAGUCUUUUUCCAGCUCUUGCUUAAUGUCUCUUUCCUUCAGUGUUGUUCUGCUGAGCCGAUACACUUCCAGUAUAAAGUCAUCUGAGCUUUGGCUAAUCCACUAAGCUGCCGGUUUAUCUUGAAUGUUGCCUUUAGCUGGAAGGAAGAACUUUCUAUACCUAAUGUUUGAUGCAACUUCUCAAUGAAAUGCUCAGCAUUAUGCCAUUCAGGAAAAAAAACCAGUCUCUUUUCUUGAAAUGCACCUACGUAGGCUAGCUAAUAGCUUCUGUACUUUUCCCUUGAUUGCACUUUAUUAUAAACGUAAAAUAGUAUUUAUAUUUUGAGUGGCUUAUGAUGCACAAUUACCUUUACUUACUUGAUUGAUUGAUUGAUUGAUUGACUGGACUGAUUGAUCAUCAUAAUACUUGCUUUGGAGAAAUGCACUAUAUUGUAUGUUGAGAUUCAACCUACAAUCUAAGAUAUGUCCUCUUAAUGAUUCUCUUUGAUCCCUUAUUUUAUACAUUCCUUAAUUUUAAAAUGUGUUGGAACAUUUUUUUAUUGAAUAAAAUGCUGCAUUUACAAUUGAAA